UUACGGUUUCAAGACUUCUGACCAAAUGGUGAUAGUUAUUGUUUGGAAUGCGGUGGACUUAGUUUUCAAGAACAGGAGGUUUGCACAAUCCUUGAUGAAGGAAUUAGCUCUGAAUCUAUCAGGUGGCAAAGAUCAAGUUUAUGCUGUGGGAGUUUUGACGAACGAAAUAUGCAAGCAAAAAGCGAUCCAGAAGCACCUCGAGUUUUCAGAUGUUCGUGAGAUAUUUCGAGCAGUAAAGACAAUUUUGAAGGAGGCACGCAUGGACCAAGCUAAGUCCAAGCAGCUUUUCCACUUAGAGAUCAGCAUCCGAGAUGCGUUUGGAUCGCAAGUCCUAGUUUAAGCUGUGGCAAAGAGCUCGGGUGUUCCGUGGCUUUUGGGAACCCUGUGCUUGAGCUUCAUCUGCCGCAUCCUGGAAAGGUCAGUCGAUUUUCCGGGCUUGGCGAUGGUGGCAUCAGUUUUUUUCUUCACCACUGAUGGUGAAGCUCUUUUCGUUCAAGCCGCCGUCAUCCUCGGCAUCCCAGCGAGGAUCAAGAUUAAACGCCUCGGUGAAAGAAGCCGUCCGAAUUGCCUCUACUUCUUUACUCACCUGGAUCUUCUCCUCGUGCCUGUGUAACAUGCUGAUUGAAGCCGCUGCUCGCGACUGCUUCUCAAGGACAGCGUACGUAUCUUCCAUGCAUACGCUCGCCACGGUUGUGACAGUGAUGCUCUCAAAGCUGUGAUAGGCAGACAGCGGUGCUCGUGGAUCGAACUCGCCAUGGCGUUCCAUCGUAGCAUUCUACUCACUCAAACAGCUCCUCCUCCCGCGGCCAAGAAGAAAACUGAAAGUCUUUCUUGGCAUGUUGGGCGAGGGAGAAGCUGAUUAACGAUAUUGAAUGGAAAGAUAAACAACAACAAUGAUUUA